AUGGCGAACGAAGCUCACCCGUUUCACAUGAAGGAAGUGGACGACGACGCUUCAAUACUUCCCAAGUACGCGGCAUCAUCUCAGUCUAGCGAAAACACAUCUGUCGGUGUUGAUGACGUCCACGCUGAUACUGAUAUAUCAUACGGCAGAUAUACUGCUGCAGGCAAAGGACUGAGAUCAUCCGCAUUUAUUACUCCAGAUGGUCGAAUUUCAGUUUCCCUCGACCUGAAGCAUAAACUGCCCGAGCUCCCAGAGGAUCAUGCUUCAGGUGUCAAGGAAUUCGCUGUUGACCGGGAGUGGACAAAGUUCCCUAAGAUGAACAUUGUGAUUAUGAUUGUCGGAAGCCGCGGUGACGUUCAGCCCUACGUUGCUCUAGGCAAGAGAUUAAGAAGUGACAGACAUCGGGUACGAAUAGCGUCACACGAAACUUUCAGAACGUUUGUCACAGAAAAUGGGUUAGAAUUCUUCGAUAUUGGAGGAAAUCCACAAGAUCUGAUGAGCUAUAUGGUGAAGAACCCCGGGCUAAUACCUGGCAUGGACUCUCUGACUAAUGGCGAUAUACCGAAGAAGCGGAAGAUGUUGGCUGAGAUGAUGAACGGAUGCUGGCUUUCAUGCCACUCCCCUUGUCCUCGCACAGGGAGGACGUUUGCUGCUGAUGCUAUCAUAGCGAAUCCUCCAUCUUUUGCUCACAUUCAUUGUGCCGAAGCCUUGGGUAUUCCUCUUCUAUUAUCAUUUAGCAGCUAUGCCCUGGUGACGCUUGAGUGCAACAUCCGCAUUCCCUCAUCCUCUCGUCAAUCCGACAUCCUCACUUGGCAAGGAAUGGGCGACAUCAUCAAUAAAUUGCGUACACGAACGCUUGGCUUGACACCUCUUUCUUUGAGAUCAGGCUCGGGUGCCCUCGAUACUUGUAAGGUUCCAUGGACGUACUGUAUGAGCCCAGCUCUCGUACCGAAACCCAAGGACUGGAAGAACCAUAUCGAUGUUGCGGGCUUUUACUUUUUGGACUUGGCCACGAACUAUACACCGCCAGAUGACCUAGCCGCAUUCCUGGCUGCCGGAGAUGCGCCAAUAUACAUAGGAUUCGGUUCAGUCGUGAUAGACGAUCCAGCUACGAUGACGAGUACCAUAUUUGAAGCUACGAAGCAAGCUGGUGUCCGAGCUCUUGUGUCUGCUGGAUGGGGAGGUCUCGGAGGUGUCGCCCUCCCACCACACAUUUUCAUUCUUGGGAAUAUACCACAUGACUGGCUUUUCGCUAACGGACGGGUUGCAGCAGUUGUUCAUCACGGCGGUGCUGGAACAACUGCAGCUGGUCUAUCUAAGGGACUUCCAACUGUCGCUGUCCCUUUCUUCGGUGAUCAAGGAUUCUGGGGCAAUAUGAUUCAUAGAGCUGGGGCUGGACCUGCUCCGGUUCCUCCGAAGAGCCUCACCGUGAAUAGCCUAAAGGACGCCAUCGUCUUUGCUAUCAGCCCCCCAGCGAAGAGUGCCGCUCGAAGGAUGGCAGAACAAAUCCUGCACGAGGACGGCGUCAAAUGUGGUGCGGAGAGCUUCUACCGCCAUCUUCCGUUAAAGAAUAUGAGAUGUGACCUGGAUCCUUCACGGUUAGCGGUCUGGUGGUCCACGAAAUAUUGCCUAAAGCUUAGCGCCUUUGCCGCGCAAGUCUUGGUAGAAACACGGGAGCUCGACAUGGGAAGCCUGGACGCACAUCGGUCCAAGGAGUACAACAUACGCAAAGGCGUUUCAGAUCCCGUAACUGGCGGCUCAAGUGCGAUUUUUUGGACAGUUACUCAUUAUUAUGAUGGAAUUGCAAAAAUCUUUUAUUCCCCCGUUUCUGGCAUCGUACAGACGACAACAGCCAUUCCGCAAGGAGUAAUGAAGAUUGUGACGAAUAUACACGAUGGUUUCCAUAAUAUGCCAAAGCUAUAUGGUUCUGAGGUUAGAGAACCCGGAAAGGUAAGCGAUUUCCAGAGUGGGCUGAAGGAAGCUGGAAAGGGGUUUGUAUACGGUUAUUACGACGGAAUUACGGGACUUGUGCGUGAACCCAUCAAGGGUGCCCAGAAAGAUGGUUUUGUUGGCGCAAUAAAAGGGUCUGCUCGGAGCUUCGUUAACGUAACCAUGAAGCCCGCUGCAGGAAUUGUUGGCCUCUUCGCCCACCCGAUGAAUGGUGCUUGGGAAAGCAUUCGUUCCGAUUUUAGGGCAAAGCAGGAGGAACAUCAGAGAAGUACACGUAUGUCAGACGGAGCCGAGGAAGUGAAACGAAGCACCCCGGAAGAGCGGAACGUGAUAUUAAGGCGGUUCCACGAAGCCAAAGCAACCGUAUUGGAACGACAAAAGGCAAUGUCCGAGGCAGCUCGCAGCAUGCUAUACGAAGAUGUCGAGGAAGAUGCGACUGUUGAGGCUGACCCAAGCGUGGAGACAACGAGCCGAGGCGACUCGGACCGGUGCGAAGCUGACGCUCAGGAUGCAAGGCGGUUAUCGCCUGAGCAGUCAACUGGACUCGGUUUGUCACAGUCAGACCAGGACGAUACGGACUUUCUUCGAGAUAUGGAGAUAGCCAAACAGCUUUCUUUGGCGGAGCAGAGAGGCUACGAGCGAGGGAUUUCUGAUAGCAUGGAAUCUACCUAUGCAUGA